AGGCUCGGAGCGCGGCGGCGGACUCUCCCCGGCAGUAGUGGCGGCGGCGGCGGCGGCGGCGGCUCGGAGCGGGCUCCGGGACUCAAGCGCAGCGGCUAGCGGACACCGGACGGCCAAGAUCCCCCUGGGCUGCAGGCGCGGAGAAGGGCUCUGGCGGCGCCAGGCAGGAGCACGAGGGGACCGGCUCGGGCGGCUGCGCUGUCGGCCUCGGAGAGCGCGGGCAUCGGGCCAGCAGGCCGCGUCGCUCUCACCAUGGUCAGCUGCUGGGACACGGCGGUCCUGCUGCGCGCACUGCUCGGCUGUUUGCUUCUCACAGGAUAUGGUUCAGGGUGGAAGUUAAAAGGACCUGAACUGAGUUUAAAAGGCACUCAGCACGUCAUACAAGCCGGCCAGACUCUCUUUCUCAAGUGCAGAGGGGAGGCAGCCCACUCAUGGUCUCUGCCUGCAGCAGUGAGUGAGGAGGAGAAAAGGCUGAGCGUUACUAGAUCUGCCUGUGGGAGGAACAACAGACAAUUUUGCAGCACCCUGACCUUGAACAUGGCACAGGCCAACCACACGGGCCUCUACACCUGCGGAUACCUCCCCAAAUCUGCUUCCAAGAAGAAGAGAACAGAGUCUGCCAUCUACAUAUUUGUCAGUGAUGCAGGGAGUCCUUUCAUAGAGACGCACAGUGACAUACCUAAAGUUGUGUACAUGACGGAAGGACGAGAACUCAUCAUACCCUGCCGGGUGACGUCACCCAACAUCACAGUCACUUUAAAAAAGUUUCCAUCGGACACUUUGACCCCUGAUGGAGAAAGAAUUAUCUGGGACAGUAGGAAAGGCUUUAUAAUAGCAAAUGCAACUUACAGGGAAAUAGGACUUCUGAACUGCGAGGCCACAGUCAACGGGCACCUGUACCAGACAAACUAUUUGACCUAUCGGCAAACCAAUACAAUCCUAGAUGUCCACAUAAGGCCUCCAAGCCCAGUGAGAUUGCUCCAUGGUCAAACUCUUAUCCUCAACUGCACUGCGACCACCGACCUGAACACGAGGGUGCAGAUGAGCUGGAGUUACCCUGGUAAAGCAACUAAGAGAGCUACUAUACGGCAGCGGAUUGACCAAAGCAAUCUCCACAACAAUGUGUUCCACAGUGUUCUUAAGAUCAGCAACGUGCAGAGCCACGAUAAGGGAGUUUACACUUGCCGUGUGAAAAGUGGGUCAUCGUUCAGAUCUUUCAACACCUCCGUGCGUGUGUACGGAAAGGGAUUCAUCAGCGUGAAGCAUCGGAAGCAGCGGGUGCAGGAAACCGUAGCGGGAAAGCGGUCCUACCGGCUGUCCAUGAAAGUGAAGGCCUUCCCCUCACCAGAAGUCGUAUGGUUGAAAGAUGGCUCACCUGCAAUGGAGAAAUCUGCUCGAUAUUUGGUGCAUGGCUACUCAUUAGUUAUCAAAGAUGUAACCACCGAGGACGCAGGGGACUAUACAAUCUUGCUGGGCAUAAAGCAGUCAAACCUAUUUAAAAACCUCACUGCUACUCUGGUUGUAAAUGUGAAACCUCAGAUCUAUGAAAAGUCUGUGUCGUCCUUGCCGAGUCCAGCUCUCUACCCACUGGGCAGCAGACAAGUCCUCACUUGCACCGUGUAUGGAAUCCCUCAGCCUACAGUCAAGUGGUUCUGGCACCCCUGUCACCGUAAUCGCUCCAAAGAAAGGUAUGACUUGUGUUCCGAGAGUGAAGAGUCCUUCCUCCUGGAUCCUGGCAGCAGCGUAGGAAACAGAAUUGAGAGCAUCACUCAGCGCAUGAUGGUCAUCGAAGGAACCAAUAAGACGGUUAGCACCUUGGUGUUGGCUGAGUCGAGAACUUCUGGAAUCUACAGCUGCAAGGCCUUCAAUAAAAUAGGGACUGUGGAAAGAAACAUAAAAUUUUACGUCACAGAUGUACCAAAUGGCUUUCACGUUUCCUUGGAAAAGAUGCCAACAGAAGGAGAAGACCUGAAACUCUCCUGCACGGUCAACAAGUUCCUGUACAGAGACAUUACCUGGAUUCUGCUACGGACAGUAAAUAACAGAACAAUGCACCACAGCAUCAGCAAGCAGAAAAUGGCCACCACUCAAGAGUACUCCAUCACUCUGAACCUUGUCAUCAAGAAUGUGUCCCUGGAAGACUCGGGCACCUAUGCCUGCAGAGCCAGGAACAUAUACACAGGGGAAGAAACCCUUCGGAAGACAGAAGUUCUCAUUAGAGAUCAGGAGGCACCACACCUGCUGCAGAACCUCAGCGACUCCAAGGUGUCCAUCAGUGGCUCUGCGACCUUAGACUGUCAAGCUCACGGCGUCCCUCAGCCUCGGAUAACUUGGUUCAAAAACAACCACAAAAUACAACAAGAACCUGGAAUUAUUUUAGGACCGGGAAACGGCACGCUGUUUAUUGAAAGAGUCACAGAAGAGGAUGAAGGUGUCUAUAGGUGCAGGGCGGCCAACCAGAAGGGAGCCGUGGAAAGCUCAGCCUACCUCACUGUGCAAGGAUCCUCAGACAAGUCAAACCUGGAGCUGAUCACUCUGACGUGCACCUGUGUGGCUGCGACUCUCUUCUGGCUCCUUUUAACGCUCUUCAUCCGGAAACUGAAACGGUCUUCUUCUGAAGUAAAAACGGACUACCUGUCAAUCAUAAUGGACCCAGAUGAAGUCCCCCUGGAUGAACAGUGUGAACGGCUGCCCUAUGAUGCCAGCAAGUGGGAGUUUGCACGGGAAAGACUUAAACUAGGCAAAUCGCUCGGGAGAGGGGCCUUUGGGAAAGUGGUUCAGGCAUCUGCAUUCGGCAUUAAGAAAUCUCCCACCUGCCGGACUGUGGCUGUGAAGAUGUUGAAAGGCUCCCAGGAGGUUCACCACAUUCAGAUGAUGGCCGAUGAUGCAGCCUUGCAUAUGGAGCCCAAGAAAGAAAACCUAGAGCCAGGCCUGGAGCAGGACCAGAAGCCUCGACUAGACAGUGUCAACAGCAGCGAGAGUUUCGCCAGCUCGGGCUUUCAGGAGGACAAAAGCGUGAGCGAAGCAGAAGAAGAUGACGAUUGCAGUGAGAUCUCCAAGCAGCCCCUCACCAUGGAAGACCUGAUUUCCUACAGUUUCCAAGUGGCCAGAGGCAUGGAGUUUCUGUCCUCCAGAAAGUGCAUCCAUCGGGACCUGGCAGCUCGGAACAUCCUUUUGUCUGAGAACAAUGUUGUGAAGAUCUGUGAUUUUGGCCUGGCCCGGGAUAUUUAUAAGAACCCUGACUAUGUGAGAAAAGGAGAUACUCGACUUCCCCUGAAAUGGAUGGCUCCCGAAUCCAUCUUUGACAAGAUCUAUAGCACCAAGAGUGACGUGUGGUCCUAUGGAGUGUUGCUCUGGGAGAUUUUCUCCUUAGGGGGUUCUCCUUACCCAGGAGUACAGAUGGAUGAAGAUUUCUGCAGCCGACUUAAGGAAGGCAUGAGGAUGAGGUCACCAGAGUACGCAACACCUGAAAUCUACCAAAUCAUGCUGGAUUGCUGGCACAAAGACCCCAAAGAGAGGCCUCGGUUUGCAGAACUGGUGGAGAAACUCGGUGACCUGCUUCAAGCCAAUGUCCAACAGGAUGGUAAAGACUACAUCCCAAUCAAUGCCAUACUGACGAGAAACAGUGGCUUCACGUACUCAGUCCCCACCUUCCCUGAGGACUUUUUCAAGGACGGCUUUACAGCACCAGCGGUUCAUUCUGGAAGCUCUGAUGAUGUGAGAUAUGUCAAUGCUUUUAAAUUCCUGAGCCUGGAAAGAAUCAAAACCUUGGAGGAGCUUGCACCAAAUGCCACCUCCAUGUUUGAAGAUUAUCAGCUGGACACGAGCACUCUGCUGGCCUCCCCGCUGCUGAAGCGAUUUACCUGGACUGAGAGCAAGCCCAAGGCCUCGAUGAAGAUAGACUUGAGAAUAACAAGUAAAAGCAAGGAGUCGAGGCUCUCCGAUGUCCCCAGGUCCAGCGUCUGCUUUUCCAGCUGUGGCCACAUCAGGCCUGUGCAUGACCACUCUGAGCUGGGGAAGGAUCUGUGCUGCUCUCCACCCCCAGACUACAACUCUGUGGUGUUGUACUCCUCCCCACCCGCCUAACGCCUCCCACAAGCCACAGACAACUAGCCUGACAGUAUUAUGCAUCUAUGAGUUUACACCUAUUUCUCUCCACAGGAGCCGGCUGCUUUUUGUGACUUAAUAGUGCUUUGUGUUGUUGUUGUUGUUGUUUUGACUAACAAGAAUGUAACCCCAGAUAGUGACAAGUGAGGAACACUAUUGCUCAAUCCACAUGACUCCGUGUAAGAGAAACCCUAAGCCCAAUGACUCACCUGCUCCUGCCCCCAAAGCCUCAGGGCACUCUGGAUGGGCAUCUGCUGGCCAUGGCACCCUCCCUGCAGCUGUGGGGGCAGGCGCAGUAGGCCCCCUAGCUCACAGCAGCAUGCACUGGCCUGCUCUGUGUCUCUGGAGUCCACUAGCAGGCAUUACGACACUUACGGAGGCAAGAAAGGGAGAAAAGAGCAAGAGGCAUGGGAAAAGGCCUUGGGAUGUGUCUCGUGGAGACCUUGGUGCAGGAGAGGGCUCCUCAAUGCCACCUCACUAGUUCUCUAUCCUGGCCUCAACUUUUUAAAGGGCACCUACCAAGAGGUGACAGGGCAGAAUAUACAGGGACAUUUUCUAGAUGUUUUCAGGAACCGCAGACCAUGUUAAAUUGUUCCCUGGGUGCCUGUUUGUUGUCUGUUACCAUCCACAGCAUGUUUAACACCCAUCAGUGUUAAAGUGGCACUUGGCUCUCAAGUCACACUUACCAUUAGUUCUUCUAGUGAGAUACACUGAGAUUAGACCCAAGCUUGGGGGCCUCAACUUAGCCUAUUGCUCACAGGGAGCUGAGCGGUCCAGUUUGGCCUAGUAAGGCUGUCCACCAAUGGACUCAAAAGCCACAUUUUAAACAGUCAGGUUCUAUUUCAAGUAUUAAUAUAGAGACACUUGCAUCAUCCUGGUUUAUACAGUUAGCUAUUCAAAUAAGCUGGGGAAGAGUCUAGAAGACGGUUUUCUCUGUACCCAAACCAGGAUUAAUGGUUUCAUCACCUCAAGCCAAUCUGAGAGGAGCAAAAGAGCAUUAGCCAAUGUUUAUUAAGCACUUCAUGCUCCUUGAAAGAAAAGGCAACUUGUGGUUUGUGAAGCUAUUUCCACAGCUGGGACUCAGGCUAUUAGUCAAUGAAACAUCAAAAGGAAAAAAAUAAUCCUAUUUUCAUCUGUUUCAGACCCUACCUGGGGGGGCCUAAGGAUGAUGGGGACAGGGUAGAAAUGGGAGACAGGGUAGAAAAGGGUGCCUACUCUUUGGGGUCUAGAGAUUGUAAGCCCUGGAUCUCUAGAAUUGGCUCGGUUAAAUGUUGUAUGUGCAAAUUAUGGUCUGUGUGUUUAGGAUAUGUGCACCUGCUGAAGCCAGUCACAGCUAGGCAGAUAUGAGUAGUUGUCUUGUGAGAGCAGACCACACUUCCUUUAUGCCACUUAAUUCUAUGGCCUGAACAAUGGCAUGUCUGCCACUUCCCUGUGCACCACAUUCUUGAGGUUGUCUGUCUGACGAGAAUGGAGUCUCGGCACAAUCCCCAGUGAGACAAAAGUAUGCAGCCACAGUGACUCUUGGGGUACUCACUAGUCAGGAUAGAGAGGUAGGAAAGGGCUUUCAACCAGGAACUAGACAAAGAGAUAUCAGGCAGGGCUGGAGGAAAGACAUCUUUGUUCUGCAUCUUUGUAUAUCUGCAAAAGCUCAUGUCAGUUGGCAAGUGUCUAAGUCAGGCGAUCAGACACUGGCUGCCAGAGAAAUGAAUGGUGUCAGCAUUUUCAAAUCAUUUAAACAAUCAGCAAUUAGUGAAGAAAGAAAACCUUAGCCAGCCCUGUACUAUUUUGAUUUUAAUCAUCUAAUCCUUAUCAAUCUAUUGGGAUUUUCUGGCUCUGCUUGAGGACUUAGCUUUGGAGUCCAUGGCAGUCCAUCAGCAAAGAAAAAGGAAGACGACGGAUCCAUCUGCGUUUGGAAGGCAGACAAAUGGCAACGUGUGAUGACACACAUACCUAGCUGCAGUGUGCCCAUUCGGAUGUUAGCACUCGGACAGUGACAUAAGGCCAUUUGCCAUUCAGGGCCAAAGUGGCUGGCACUAAGAAGAAACAAACAUUUCUCCUAGUGUUUGAGAUUACCAAUGUGUAACCAGGGAGCUGGAACCUCAGGCAGGCCUAAGUUAGCCUGAGGGAGAUCCCCGGGGGACAGAUCUGUCCAAACCCUGAAGCCUGCUGCACAGGCCUGAGAACCUUGCUCCCCUGCCUAUCAGUCAGCUCAAUCAAGGAAGAGGGCAUCUUUUGACCGACAGUGGUAGGAACUGUAUGUGUGUGUGUGUGUGUGUGUGUGUCUGUAUGUUUUGUGCAUAACUAUUUAAAGAUACUGGAAUUUUAAAGUUACUUUUAUAUAAACCAAGAUGGUAUGCCAGAGACAGAACUAAGAUAUGAUCUGGUCCCACCUUUUAGUCAUGAUGAAUGUAUUUCGUAUAUUAUCUUCAUUUAAUAAAACUCACCUUCAAAACCAA